UAAAAAACAAACAAUAAUAAGCAAUAUACAAUCAAACACAUUUAACUGUUACAUCACAAUGUCCUAUUUAAUUCAAUUAAUACAUCGACACUUCUCUCCCAUAAUUAAACCUCUUUUCUCUCUCUCUCUCCUCAUAAAAAGAGGGGGCUCCGUCCAAUGGCAACGACAGUCACCAAGCAGGGAUGCUCAAGACAGGUUUCCGGCAAGAAAUUCUUCUUCUUUGACGGGACCAAAAGAAAUCCAUUGUCAUCUUCAUCGACAACAGCCAGAUUCAGGCUACCCAGAAGAACCCCGACAUGUCUUUUCCCGCUUAGAUUCCUUAGGCAGAUCGGGAACAAGGUAGUGGGUGCCCUAAACCUGUUCUCCGGCAAGGCCAACCGGAGAACAGGACCUUCUUCAUCAUCGGCGGAAUUAGCGAGGUCAAAGCCCAUGUCAAUGGCACCAAUAAUUGAUUCACAUAGAGCAGAGGCUAUUAAUGAUUGUAUUGAGUUCAUCAAUUCUUCUACUUUGCCGAGGACUGAUUCAACUUCAAGGAAAGAAACAACCUCAAUGAAUUCCACUGAAUCAAUUCUAGGGGCAGGGAAAGAAACAACCUCAGUAAAUCCCACUUGUUUUUAAUGUAUGUAUUAUAUAUGUCUUAUCACUAGAGAAUAACAAACCAAAUUCUAUAGUGUAAUUAAUUUGUCCACAUCUUUAGGUUGUAUCUUGUUUUCAUUAAAACAAAAUUGU